AUGUCUGGUAGUCUAGACAUUGUCAAAUAUCUCGUGGACCUUGGUUAUCCAAUCGGUGCUGAAUCCGUCACCAAUGCAGCAAUCAGUCGUAAUCUAGACCUGUUGUUAUACUUGCAUGAUAGACGACAGUCCAUACCAGCCGAUGCAUGGACUGUCAAGAUGUUUGGAGUGGCCGUGCAGCAUGGUGGCAUGAAAUGGAUCACAUUCCUCAUGGAGCACUAUCCAGAGAUAUGCUUUGUCAACUCGUGGAUAAUGGAGCAGGCUGCAAAGAAUGGUGACUUGGAGUGUGUCAAGUAUCUUUAUUCAGUGAGACAGACCCAGGAAGAGUCGGGUCAUCCCAAGGAUGAUAUGAAGCCAUUUCAUCUCGGUGAAUCACUCAAACAUGCAUCAAUCAAUGGUAGGUUGGAGAUUGUACAGUACCUCUUGGCACACACAGGUUUCAACUUUGGAGAACUUUCUGCGGCCAACAACGAAGCCUGUCGGUAUGGCCAUCUCGCCAUUGUCAAAGCACUUUGUAGCCGGCUCAAGAAUGUGGACCAAUAUGACACCCACCCCGAUGAGGAGAUUAGCCUCAAUCAAGCUAUCCAGAACGCUGCAUCAAGUGGACAUCUCGAGAUCGUUGAGUAUCUGCGACAGGGUGGCUAUGCAAAGAUGAAGAACGUAGACUUUUCUCAAUGUUUGCUUGGUGGCAACAUCAGGAUCGCCCAGCUGGCCUACGAGGACAUAACUGCUGCGGGCAACAUAGUGGCGGUCAGUCCACUUUGCUUCGACCAUGUGCUAAAGUCCAAUCACCUUGACAUCAUCAAGUUCAUCAACGAGAAGCUCAUCGAUACAGGUCUAAAUCGUUGGGUCACAGCAUUGCCCAUCUCAGCCGGACUCAACUAUCCCGAGCUACUGGUAUACCUCCUGGAGAAGAGACCAGAGUUUAGUAUACCUGAGGCAAGCUCACCACCCAAAGCAUACCACUACCCAGACAUACCCGAAAAUAAGGUCAAGCAUCUAUGUUCGGCAAUAGAGACAGCAUACAUGGAUUCGAUCAUUGGUGGAUACUAUCAUUGUUUGGUGGCACUGUACAAACACUUCCCCAAACACUUCCAACGUGUACGAUUCAUCAAACUCUACAAACAAUACCCGUCAUACGAUAUCAAUUAUUGGUUCCAAACAACACUUGACAUUGAUCCUGAUCAAUAA